CUCUCUCUCUCUCUAUUUACAGGUAUAUAAGAGUGAGCAAGAGAUAGAUGGAGUGGUAUGCGACCCUCUGAAAGCUACCCAUACUAUUAGGAAUGUCACUAGCAAUGAGAUGUGUUUUACCUUCUGGGAUGUCAAUGUUAGGAUGGAAUGGGAUACUACGUUAGAUAUAUCCAAUACACUGGAAGUGCUUUCCCCAGACACAGUCAUCUCACACCAGCUCAUGAAAAGGGUGUGGCCAGCGACCCAACGAGACACAUGCUUCGUCUCCCAUCUCCGUAAACUAGACCUAAGCAUUCAAAACACACAAGAUGUUGGCUCCUGGCUCGUCAUCAACUUCUCCACAGAACAUCCCAAAGCGACAAGCAAAUGCAUAAGAGCUAAGGUCAACGUGAGCAUGCUCUGUCAGACGUUCCUUGAUCCACCUGAUAUACCUAAAGAGAAAGCAACACGAGAAAACCUCGUCUGUAAGAUCUACUAUGUUGCUCAUGCCAAUCCAGGUGGAUGGGUACCUGGAUCUGUACUAAGGACAGUCUACAAGAGAGAGUAUCCCAAGUUCCUAAGAAAGUUUUCCGCCUACGUCCAGGAGAAGUGCAAAGACAAGCCCAUCAGUUGGUAACAAUUUUCAUAAAGAGAGAGAGAGAGAUAAAGAAAGGGAAAAAAUGAUCAGGGGGAGUGUUUCAUAAAAACAUCUUGUUGGUGAUUUUCACUGACGAAUCUGCUCUGAACCAAUCAGAUGUAAGGAUUUCAGUAGCUUAUAACAAUAGUCAAAUAAAGUCACUAAUGUCUGUUGCCUUAAAGACGUUUCCACUUCUUCCUGCAUUUCCCAGAAGAUGGAGAUGGCAUUGUCAGCCAAUCAAGUCACUGUAAAAGGAGAAGUAAGGCCUACUGAUGAUCCCUUUGUAACCUAUUAAAAUCCAACUCUUACAAACCUUUGUGAACGUAAAGUCUAUGUUCCCUGCCAUUGCAUGUGAUGUGACCUUAUGGGUCACGAAGCGAUGUUGAAAACAAAUGAUGUGGAAAUGUAGUUCCACGGAAUAUGAAUGACCUUUCAUGCAUAUGGCUCCCGAAUUGCAAGUUUUGAGACUGAAGAGUUUUCAUGAAUUACAAGUUUCCUGCACCUAGGCUGAUGUACAAAGCUCAAAAUAUUCAAGUCGUUUUUAUUUUCAACAAGAUAGCCGUACCAUGCCCCAGAAUUUCAUGUUUUUUUCCCCCAAGAAUAAUGAUUUGUUCUUCUGAAACUAUUGUUAUGAGAGCUAAAAAAAAUGAUAUUUUCAUAGUCUCAAGAGAUUGUAUAUCAAUGGCCUUUUUUAAUCUUUUUUUUUAAUGUAUGUUUAAGUGUAUAUGUGUGUGGGUGUAGUCCUUGGAAAUACAAAUUU